UGGAGCAGACUCAAUCUCAAAGAUAAAAGAUAUAACAACAACAACAACGACAACAACAACAACGAUGCGAGUGCAACCUCACCAAAGGAUCUAGUACAAGACUUUAUGAUGUGGAAUCCAUUGUCUGAUGACAACACGUCCAAGUUUGAGACAUUCCUAGAGCAGAGGAUCAAACAUUCAUUCAAGGAUGGUCUGGCACCACGUGAACAUCAAUGGAAGACCAUCAGAUCAGUGAUCAAAGAUCUAGUCUAUCCCAAGCAUCAAUCAUCAUUCAAUGGCAAACGUUACAACUAUCUUAUUCAACAUGCUGCAGGCUCUGGAAAGUCUAUUACAAUUGCCACUCUAGUAUAUUUCCUUUACAAGUUGGAGGUAAACAACAAGUUAAAGUUUGAUACUAUUGUAGUGAUGAAUGAUAGAUCACAAUUGGACGCUCAGUUGGGUGAUGUGAUCAUAAAGUUCUUGGAGGCCAAUGGUAUAAAGAGUUGUUCACGUCCAAAGUCAUCCAAACAAUUGCAGUACGAGAUAUCACAUGGAAAGAAUAGGAUUGUAAUCACGACAAUGCAAAAGUUCUCCCAACUAUUGCCAACGCUCAGCAAGCAACAACAAGGACACAGCGGCACACCACAGGAUGCCCUCUUUGAGACCUUUUCAUUCAAGACCAACUCUGUGGCCAUUAUCUCUGAUGAGGCACAUAGAUCACAUGGCAAGAGUACCACUGAACGUCUACACGAGUUCUUGGUUGGCAAUGUCAAGCAGACCAGUCAGAUCACCUAUUUCAGUUUCACCUGUACGCCCACUCCUCAAUGUCUAGAGAUGUUUGGUGUAUCAUCUGGUGGACGUGACAAGAAGCCAUUCUAUACUUAUUCAAUGGAGGAUGCAUUGAAAGAUAACCUUAUCUUGGAUGUUAUCGAGAACUUCAAUACAUUAAGUGUAAAUGAAGGUAAACAACUACUACAACAACAACAACAGAGUAGAAAGUUGAUGGACGAGUACUACCAACAAGAUUCCUGGGACAAUGACGGAGACGAGAUCAUUCAGGACAAGAAAUCCAUCCAGGAAAAGUCCGUAUAUAUAUUGAAUCACUUUAUCAAACUGAAGAAACAGUACGACACUUGUAGCUUCAAGUCUAGAGGUAUGGUGGUGUGCUCUGGCAGGAAGGACUUGAUAGUGUAUAAGAAGACUAUCGAUGCCUUGGUGGCCCAGUUGCCAAUGUCUGAGCAGUUUGAUACCAUUGCCGCCUUCUCCCCAUUCAUCUAUGAGGGCAAACAGAUAUUAGAGUCCGACGCCAACGUCAAUGGAAAGUAUGCUCACUACGGUUCCGACAAGCAUAGAGGUAUAGUAAAGGCCAUCCAAGACGAUAAGAUACACAACAGGAUAAGAUUACUUAUCGUUGCUGAUAAGUUACAAACUGGAUUCGAUGAACCAUCACUUGCAAUGAUGUAUAUUGAUAAGAAGAUGUCUGGUGCAAAUGUUGUACAGACAUUGAGCAGAUUGUCAAGAACAACAAAGGAGAAGCACAACACAUCGAUCGUUGACUUUGUCAAUGAUGAGAAGGAUGUUCGUCAGAUAUUCUCAGUGUACAGUGGAUCUACGACAUUGAAUGAUCUACAGGGCGAGGCCUAUUUGCAUCAGAGGAUUCAAUCCGCUGCCAACAACAUCAAGGAGAUGUUUUCCAAAGAGAGGAAUGUAAAGACUUUUGCCAAAUCGAUACUGUUCCACAAGAGCAACAACACUGGCACCAGCAAACAGUACAAUGAUGUCGAGUAUGACAUACAGGACUUCCUCGACAUCUAUCCAAAGUUAAAGUCAUCAGUCAUGGUGGACUUUGCAUCACCAAUACCUCUGGCCACUGUCCAGUCAAUCAAGAAGGAAUUGGAUAACCUACGACAACAACAGAUGGAUUCGAUCAAGAAUUCAAACAAUACGAACUACAACAUUAAGGUUAGGAUGGAUACUUUAACUGAUCUAGAGGCCAAGUCUUCUCUGGAACACUCCCACAGCAAUGUUGAUUACGAUGCUGACUUUGCCGCAACACUUUGGGCAGACAAGAAGUCCUACCAGAGUCCAGAAAAGACAAGAGAGAGUACUAUUCAAAGACUCAAGCAGACUUCUGUAUGUAUAAAGAGAUUGACUUUUAAGGUCCAUCACAUACUAACUCAUAAUAAUGUUCUAGAAACUACUCACAACUCCAUCGUCAUCACCAACUGUGUCCAGUGCACCUCCUUCCCCAGCCAUUGUCUACAACAAGUAUGGUAUUCCAAUAGCUCCCUCUGGAGGUACAGCUGC